GUACAUGAUGUGGUCCAUAGUCAGAUUGAGUAACACGUGUUUGCCAUCUCUCCUCCAUGCAGCCAUAUUUGGGGAAGACGUGGGGUUUGGAGGAGUCUUCCGCUGCUCUGCUAAUCUCAGAGAUAAAUAUGGUCUUUAUGGAUGUUAUGAAUAUCCUGGUAUGUAAACGCCAAACAUACCGAGGUAUGUACAUGGGCUAAAAAUGAUGUUGUAAAGUGUACUCGGCACAACCGAACCUUCUCCACCCCCACCACUGUACCAAAACCCUGUCUUCUUCUUUGAGCCCAAGUGGCUCUACCAGGCAGCCGGAUUGGAGCAGGUGGACGUAUUAAAGUGUCAGACUUUGGAAUGGCCGUAGAGAGAGGUUCGGAGGGUUACUAUCGAGUUGCCUCUGGGAAGACGGAGAAAGUGCCAGUCAAAUGGAUGGCUCCAGAGAGCAUUGAGGAUCACAUCUACACCCACAAGACUGACGUGUGGUCUUUUGGUGUGACAUGCUGGGAGGUGUUCACAUGCGGUGCUGUUCCCUAUCCUGGACUCAAUCCACUGAAUGUUCCACGGGAACUAAAACUUGGCCGUAGACUCGAGAGACCAAGCAGUGCUGUCUGUUCUGAUGAAAUAUGGAGCAUGCUGCUGCGGUGCUGGUCUGACGAUCCAAAAGAUCAGCCAAACUUCCCCACACUUAUGGAGAUAUUGUUCAAUCUUUCUGGACAGUGACACCACCUACAUCAACCUCAUUUCCUAAAGACUUUCUUCUGUUUUGGUGACAUUUUCUGUAGUACAAUGCGUGGGUGUAUCAAAAGUACCACCUGUGCUAUAAAUUCCAUGUUGCAAAUGAUUGUGUUAUAUAAUAUUAUGGAAAAUGUAGUACGGUUUUGAAUUUUCACUCCAGAACGCAAACGGCCCCCACUCGGGAGCGAGUGUCACGUGAUCCUGUCGCUCUAAACUCCCGUGAGAUAGUGCUG